AAGGCCCGGAAGCGAAAGCCUCUCAGCCUCUUCCCAGCGGGGUCACGGGCCGGCUGUCGGUAGCCAGGUUUCCGAGAGUGCGGGGCGGUCGGCGGGUCAGGGCAGCCCGGGGCGCAACGCCAUGUCCCGGAACCUGCGCACCGCGCUCAUUUUCGGCGGCUUCGUCUCCCUGAUCGGCGCCGCCUUCUAUCCCAUCUACUUCCGACCCCUAAUGAGAUUGGAAGACUACAAGAGGGAGCAAGCCAUAAAUCGGGCUGGAAUUGUUCAAGAGGAUGUGCAGCCACCAGGGUUAAAAGUGUGGUCUGAUCCAUUUGGCAGGAAAUGAGAAGGCUGUCACCAGCUCUGAUUAAGAAAGGAGAUUUCUUCAUGCUUUCAAUCCUGCAUGGGGUAUAGUCAGUCACCUCACCAGAGAAUGACGGCUGGAGAAGAAAACUCCGUAAUACCAUAAAUAAGAGUGUUUGUAAUAAAAGACUGUGCACAAGGAUUAAUAUUUCCCUUCUUAAGUAUCCAAAGAACUCUGGAACAAAUUAUACCAUUAGGAAGGUUUUCAUGAUUCAGUUGAUUUUCCAAAAAUGAAGCUAUCUCACCCAGCUGGGUUUGGAGCAAUCUGCUUAUUAUUCUGUCGUUACCACUUACUCAAGCGAGCUGUGAUAUGAAUACAAGCAACCAGUGGGCUCGGGAAGGUCCAGGUCUAUUUUGCCAUCUUCCAGAUAAGAGAUUUCAGUAAAAGACUGCCAUGCUGAGCUGCCUUAUAGAGCUCUUUGAAAAUGUUCAAGUUGAUAAAGCUCUUUGAGGACAAGGUACUUCGUGCACCUCAUGCUGAAGAUUGCACCAUGUUGGAAAAUAAAUAUGAAGCAAGUCAAACUAGAUGCAUACACUUGUGUAGAAAUCAAUAAUCAAUUAAUAGAAGUGAAAAAAUAAACAUUAAAAUGAUUUAUUUCUA